AUGAUUUUUGACAAGGUCAAUUCAACAAUACCCGCAGUUGUGGACGAGGUGUACCAUUUACCGCAAGGACUGAGUUACUGCAAAAGGAACUUUACAUACUGGGACAAGAAGAUCACAACUUUACCAGGUCUAUAUCUAGUCUCCUUGCACAUUUCCCCAUUCUUCGAAUGCAACACAUACAAUCUGCGAUUCGUGAAUUUGGUCGCAUCCUGCGUAAAUUUCCUCCUUUUCUCGUCUAUGCUGCUAUUUAUAUAUGGCAAUUACUCGGAGAGUCCUGUGAAAAUUGUACUGCAAGCGCUCAGUCUCACCAUUCUGCCGCCUUUGUAUUUCUUUUCUCACAUCUACUACACUGACACCCUGUCAAUGACCUUCCUAUUGGCCUUUACAAGGCUGUGCUUUACCAACAAGACCAGGAUCCUGAUGUUUAUCUUUGGAGUGGCCAGCAUGCUGAUGAGACAGACCAAUGUGGCGUGGAUAGCUAUGGUGGUCGGCCACAAGGCGUUGGAUGUGUUCAUAAGGAGUUCCAGGGUCUUUGGAAACCGCUACCUGAGCAGGACCUCGCUUAGCAGGACCUCCGUAAUCGCAAAAGACAUCGACGUGUCCAAACUGAAACGCUACUACGGAAUAUCGGAUGCGAUCAUAUCGUUGAAGUACCACUUGUCGACGUCCUUUCUGACUUACAUCAGGUUCAUCACUUGGCAGGACUGGUCUGAGCUAGCCACCCACACGCUCCUGCUUGGCUCUUUUAUAGCGUUCGUCGUUGUUAACGGUGGCAUAGUUGUCGGGGACAAGAAAGCACAUGAAGCCACCAUCCAUCUGCCUCAGCUCCUAUACUUCUUACUGUUCUAUGGCGUGUUCGGUCUACCUUACGCACUGGCUAAGUUCGCGUCGACCCUGAGGCUCAUCCUCGCGAACAAAACCCGCGCCCUCGCCUUUGCCCUGCUGUUCGCUGGCGUGGUACAUUUCAACACAGUUGUCCACCCCUACCUGCUCGCAGACAACCGGCACUACACCUUUUACAUAUGGAAUCGGUGGUUCGGCAGAUACAGUUACGCUCCAUUCGCCAUAAUUCCUGUAUACGUGUUCCUCUUAUUCAGUCUGUACGACAAUUUGAAGGAUCAGAAUUGCGUCUCGUUCCUCCUGCCGUACUGCUUGAGCACCUUCUUGGUUCUUGCGCUGCAGAAGAUGAUCGAGGUCCGCUACUUCUUGGUCCCUUACGUCAUUUUGAGGCUACGCUUCUACCGGCCAUCUUACAGUAUCGUGCUAGCCGAAUUCGUCUGGUAUUUGGUGUUGAACGCUCUGACAUUCUACGUGUUCUUCACUAAGGAGGUCUAUUGGAAGGAUUACGACUACGCCCAAAGGAUAAUUUGG